AUGCAAUUUCUGAAUUGCAGGAGGGCCAUCGUUGUACAUAUAUUUUUUAUUUACAUAUUUUCGCUCAACGCAAUCUAUGGAAAGAAGAAAGAGGCUGAAGUACUAGAUUUUCUAGCCAAAGAGUUGAAAGCACUGGAAGCAUCAGCAGACUGUCCAUUGAAGCAACUGACAAAACACUCUGUUCGCAGCCUGUGGUUGAAAGACCAGCUAUCAGAUGAAACAUUACUUUGUAUCCUGAAGUUCUUGGAUGCAAAUAACAAAGAUGAUUCAGCCUGGUCUCUUCUCGGAACAUCCUUUGAGAAGAAAAAUCUCAAGCAGCAGGCAGAUUAUUGUUUUAAACAGGCCACAAAGGCUGCGGGCAAAUAUACACCAUUUGUUAAAGACUGGUGGUUCAUAGGGCCAUUUGUUAUCGGCAAAACUGAGUUUGAUGGAGAUGUGUUGGCUGCUUAUGGAGGAAUACAAAAUGUUUCCAGAUAUCGGUAUCAUUCAGAGACCUUUGUCUCAGAGCUUUCCUCUGGUGGCACUGUAAAAUGGACAGAGCUCAAGCAAAGCAGUGCCCAAGAAUUGCUCAAGAUUAACCCUAAAGUCGAUUGGAAUGAUCUGGUUAGCUCACUAGGAUCCAUGGGGAUAACAGAGUGGCAAGGAUGGGCAGUUGGAGAAUUUUUCAUAAAUGAGAAUGAUCUGCAGUUGUCUUUUCAGUGCCUUGGCGUGGCCAAAUGCUCAAUUGGGAACACAAUGCUUGUUGGAGACCUGUACCACAGAAAUCAGUUUUGGUUUCCUGCUGCGCUGUCAAGAGGAGUCUACACUGUAUUCAUUCCUUUGAGAACAAAGGUUGUCGCUAAUUUCAAAUUCUCAGUUAACAAAAUGCCAGCAUUCCAAGUGUUAGAACCAUCAUUUUUACCCGAUGUUUAUAACGGGUAUCUUCCUAUCAAUUUCUAUUUAUCUAUCCCAGUUUCUAACUUAAUGGCAGAUAAGUGGCUGAAGGUUACUAAGAUCAAGAUUACUACCCAGUCGGAUGGACAGCCACUGGAUCCUGUUUUGAUCAGCAAUGAUUAUGAGAUAGCCCCAGGUCAAGUAAGGCCUGUUGUGGUUCAUCUAAAACCAGAGAGUGUCUCUGACGCUAGAAAGAUCACAGAUUCUUGCAGGGAUCUUAAUCUCGAGUUUAAGCUCCUAACUAGUGAAGGGUCCCAGAGUUUUAAACUGACUCUUCGUUGUCGACAUAAAGGAAGCUCCUUCCUGUUUUCUUUCAUUGAUCAUGAUGGAUCAGUCCAGCAUGCAGCAGCCGUGGAACCUCUAGGUGCUUGUAAUAACGAGGCAUGCCCAGUUUUUCUAACACUACAUGGCACUACAGUGCCACCUCAGAACCAAGCAGAUAGUUACAAGAAAAUGGUGAAUGGUGAAUAUCAGUUUGGGAUCAAGGGCAUGUGGCUUCUGGCUCCUACAAGACAUGGAGCACACAACUGGGAAGGUCCAGGAGCUAUGACAGCGAUAAGUGCACUCCAGGCCUUGAGCAGCAUGACAUUAGCCUCAGAAUGGUUUUCUGUGAGGGCAGAUUCUGACAAGGUAUUAUUUGCAGGUCAUUCAAUGGGAGGACAUGGGGCAUGGCACUUGGCGACCCACUUUCCUGACAGGACUAUUGGUCUCAUUUCAUUGGCUGGCUGGAUCAAGAAGGAGGAGUAUGGAGAGAGCAAUUUAUUUUUUAGGCAUGAUAUUUCAACCAGCCACACUGAUGCCUCAGUGAAAGCAAUCAUGGAGGCCUGUAUAGGAGAAAAUGAUGCAGACAAACAUGUCACAAACUUAAAGGGUAUUUCAGUUUUGGCGAGAAUUGGUGCUGAGGACCGCACUGUUCACCCGUUCUUUGUGCGCCGAAUGGUGCGCCUUCUCAAGGAAGCUAGAGUUAACGUAACUUAUUCAGAGUUACCUAACUUAGCACACUGGUGGUGGGACACAAAGGAGGCAAAUGAUGGCGGAUGUGUUAAUGACGCUCAGAUAAGACAGUUUAUAGAUCACAUAUCAGCAACUUCCAGCCAGCUGGAUAACUACUGCUCUGCUGGCAGUCAGGAAUGUGGGACAAGCUCAAACAGGUACAAGAGCCUCCAGCCAGAACCUGUAACUUUGGUUACAAUCAAUCCAGCAUUUGGCGAUGGGUUAAAGGGUAUCGCAGUAUUGCAGCAAAUUAUUCCAUUGAGAAUCAGCACAGUUCAGGUACAUAACAAAUUUCUCUUUUUUUUUUAUCCUGCAUUUUUUUUUUAA